GGGUGAGCUACCCAGCUAGCUUCGAAGGCAAAGCAGGUGCUCAGUCACCCGACACCGGAAAUUCGGGGGCGGAGCACCAGCGCCUCGCGGGCACCGUCCAACCCGACGCCCAGAGGGUCCAUCACACCGGAAGGCUGCCUGCUCACACUAGAGUGCCGAGUGCCAAGCACCGCCAUGUCGGUGCUUCGCUGCCUCGGCGCCUUGAGGCAGCCGUCUUUUCUUCGCCUUGUGACAAGUAGAGUUUGGAACAGGUUGCCUGUGGUGACCCUGAACCUGCGUCUUUUUGAGGCUCAGCAGGAAGAGAAGUCCAAACCCAUCAGUCGUUACCCUAUUCCCUACAAGAAGGACCUGCCUUUUGACAUUGUAGAGCUCAUGGAGGAGAUAGAAAAGAAGACAGGAUUUUUACCAAAUGUAUUGAAAGUUUUGUCUUACCGGCCAUUGGAAUUCCGAGCCUUCUUUGCUUAUUACAAUGCCAUCUACAACAAAACAACAGGACAGCUCAGCAGAGCAGAUAAGGAACUCAUCAUUGUAGUGACCAGCCUGGUCAACAGGAGCCUAUACCAUGUGGUUGUCCAUGGUGCUUGGUACAGGGUCUACUCAAAGAACCCAGUGCUCUCUGACCAGGUCUGUGUGAAUUGGAGAAAGUCUGACCUUCCUGCUCGGGAAAAAGCAAUGCUGGAGUUUGCACUUGCUGUUUCCCGAGCUGAUGAUAUAACAGAUGACCAUUUCAAAAAGCUUGAGAUAUAUGGCUUCAGUAGAGAAGAUGCCUGGGACAUAGCUGCCAUUUCAUCUUUUUAUGCCAUGGCCAAUCGCCUUGCUCAUUUUAUCAAACUCGUUCCCAACAAAGAAUUCUACUUUAUGGGCAGAACUAGUGAUCAUCGAGAGUGAACGUGCUGCUCCCAAAGUAUAAAAGCCUGAAAAGGGAAAAAACAAAACAAAACAGUGUUUAUCAUUUCAGUCAUGUUGUAUUAGGAGACAUCAGUUGGAAAGUAAUUUUAAAAAAAAAAUCUGUCAUUGGAUAGAGAAGAGUAAAUAAAUGUGUUUCCUUGUGCCUCA